AUGAGUACAGAUGAAUCUGAUACAGGGGAAGAAAAAUUUGAAACACUAAGAACACUUCUUAGGUCGCCAUGCAGAAACCUGCUACGGAAUAUACUGAAAUUAAAAUUUAGAAGAUAUGAUGAUCUGUUGGCAAAAAUUUCAUAUGAAAGGCUUUCUGACGCAUCUAUAUCAGCCUUAGAAAGUUUUAAUACAAUAAAGAAACUGAAAUUCCCAACAUUGUGCGAUGUGUUUCGAUCAGGCGCUUGUGAUUGUUUUUAUGGUUCACCAGCCAUUGGUUGGUCAUCCAAUGAGAACAUUCCAGAGAGAUGUACUGGAGUAGCUGAUGACAUUUUAAGAAUAUGGAGGAUUUGGGAAGAAAAUAUAGAAAACAAUGUACUGGAGUCUAUAUCAAAUGAUGUCAGUAAUGAAGUUCUCUCUGUUUUGAUGGACAUUGCAAAAAGAUUGAGCAAUCAUCCUGAGCUUAAAGACAUAGGAAUUGAAUUCCGAAGAGAAAUAUAUUUUGCAACAGAUUGCAACGUUGAAGGUCCAAGUGCAGAUGCGAUACAGGUUGGAGAUGGAAAUAGAAUUGAUUUUAACUUUGGUUCUUCAUUUACUGGCUCUGUAAUCGUGGUUCAAGUAGGAAAUAACAGUAAGAUAUGUUUCGAGGUACAAGACGACUGCAAUCUCUUGGAAAUCACAUCAAAUGGUUUGGUAGCCGCUGUUCUACGCUCAGACUAUCCUGGAUUUCAGAAAUUGGCUGAAAUUGCAAGUCAUUUGAACAUUGAGGAGGUUAACAAUAUCCCAGAAUUAAAAGACAACAACGUGUCCAUAAAAGAAAUUAAACCAGGGAGCCUUAUUAUAACAUUUACCAUUCAAUCCAAAGAAACACUAGAGAAUAAUAUUCAAAGAGUGUUUCAGUGUAUCUUCAGAAGAAAAGAAAUAGAGCAGCUAUUAGAAUCCCAUGGCAUCGAUAAUAUUAAAAUUACUGGAUAUCUCUACAAUCCGAAAGAGUAUUGUCUUGGUUCUGGAAGGGAAAACCCUAAGUUUCAUUCCACGGAAGAUAAUAGCGACUAUACAGCAACAAAAUUACAUUUCCAUUCACACUUGACGUGGAAUUUUGCAGAUUGUAUAUGUGAUGUUGACGUUUUUCAGACAGAUUUAUUUCAUACCCUUUCUGACAAUGAUUUCACUACUGAAGUUGAUGACAACAUUUGGGUGAUAGCAAAAGGAAGUAUCAUCGAUCCAAAGAAUAUAAACUUUUCUUCUCUAGCGCGUAUCCUGAUAACAAAUGUAGUUGAAAAAUUAGGAAACAUAAAUUUUCAACUUGCCGAAUUUGAACGUUUCGAAAUUCAAAGCAUGCAGAUUACAGGCAGAUCCAUUAAAAUUAAAUUAAGAAUGAAGGUUUGCCUGAAUUAUGCAAUGUUCAUGGGGGAAGACGGCAUUAUUUUAACCCUAAUGAGGAGAUUAUUAUCAUCCGACAAUCUAACUGCAGAUGUAAAACUAAUGAGAAUUGGAAUAGUGCUCGAUACAAACAUUGUACAGAAGCAAAAGAAUCAGAAAGACCACUAUGAAAAUGUUUCUGUCAAUAUCGGUCAGUUUCAGUAA